AUGCAUUCCCCUCCUACUCAUUUUGGUUCACAAGAAGGUCCCUGUCCUCAUCCACAACGGCAGCCCCGUCAGCGAGUCUCUCGUCAUAGUUCAGUACAUCGACGAGUUCUGGCACGGCGACGGCAAGCCUGUCUUCCUCCCCUCCGAUCCAUACCAAAAAUCCCAAGUCCGAUUCUGGGCCCAUGA